GUUGGUGCUGGCUAACAUCCAAGAAGAUGAGGCUAAAAAUAACAUUACCAUCUUUACAAGAAUUCUAGACAGACUUCUGGAUGGUUACGAUAAUCGACUUAGACCAGGACUGGGAGACAGUAUUACUGAAGUCUUCACUAACAUCUACGUGACCAGUUUUGGCCCUGUCUCAGAUACAGAUAUGGAAUAUACAAUAGAUGUUUUCUUUCGACAAAAAUGGAAAGAUGAACGUUUAAAAUUUAAAGGUCCUAUGAAUAUCCUUCGACUUAAUAAUUUAAUGGCUAGCAAAAUCUGGACUCCAGAUACCUUUUUUCACAAUGGGAAAAAGUCGGUUGCUCAUAAUAUGACAAUGCCAAACAAGUUGCUGCGCAUUCAGGAUGAUGGGACUCUGCUCUAUACAAUGAGGCUUACAGUUCAAGCUGAAUGUCCAAUGCAUUUGGAGGAUUUUCCAAUGGAUGCUCAUUCAUGCCCCCUGAAAUUUGGCAGCUAUGCAUAUACCACCUCAGAAGUCACUUAUAUUUGGACUUACAAUGCAUCUGAUUCAGUGCAGGUUGCUCCUGAUGGAUCUCGGUUAAAUCAAUAUGAUUUACUGGGCCAGUCAAUUGGGAAGGAGACAAUUAAAUCGAGUACAGGUGAAUAUACUGUAAUGACAGCUCAUUUCCACUUGAAAAGGAAAAUUGGGUAUUUUGUGAUUCAGACCUAUCUGCCUUGCAUCAUGACUGUCAUUCUCUCCCAAGUGUCAUUCUGGCUCAACAGAGAAUCUGUGCCUGCAAGAACUGUGUUUGGAGUAACAACUGUUCUAACAAUGACAACACUAAGCAUCAGUGCUCGCAAUUCUCUUCCCAAAGUGGCCUAUGCAACUGCCAUGGAUUGGUUUAUUGCUGUUUGCUAUGCAUUUGUGUUCUCUGCCCUAAUUGAAUUUGCAACUGUUAAUUACUUCACCAAAAGAGGAUGGGCUUGGGAUGGGAAGAGUGUAGUAAAUGACAAGAAGAAAGAAAAAGGCUCAGUCAUGAUACAGAACAAUGCCUAUGCUGUGGCUGUGGCCAAUUACGCCCCAAAUCUUUCCAAAGAUCCUGUUCUCUCCACCAUCUCCAAAAGUGCAACCACGCCAGAACCCAACAAGAAACCGGAAAACAAGCCAGCUGAAGCCAAGAAAACAUUCAACAGUGUCAGCAAAAUUGACAGAAUGUCUAGAAUAGUUUUCCCAGUUUUGUUUGGUACAUUUAAUUUAGUUUACUGGGCUACCUAUUUAAACAGGGAGCCUGUAUUAGGAGUCAGUCCUUGAAUCUCAAUGCUGAUUGCCUUUGGGGUAUAUAGCAACAUCACAAUUGGUUUGUUUUGCUAUGUACAGUCUGACUAAUAACUGCUAAUUUGUGAACCAAUAUGUAAAGUAUGUAUAUAGUGAUAUAGCUUAUCAGUAGACCUCUAAUGGAGACAUUCAUUUGAUAACUCAUGGACCUACAGGCAGAAAACGCCCCAUACCAAAAGAGCCACUGCCUUUUUAAAAGAUUUACCCUAGGAUGUAGUUUAAAGCAGAUUUCAAAUUACAUGAUUUAUUUCCUAAUGUUCUAAUAGUGAUAAAAGGGGAUCCUAUGUCACUCUUUGUGAAACCUUUUGAUUUAGAUCUUAAAUAGGAUAAUUUUCUACUAUUGCCUAAGGAUGAUGAAAAAUUAACAUUGUCAUUCAAAGAUGAAUUCUUCUGAACUGUGGAACCUCAGAUCUGUGCCGUCAGCUCCCUUCAGGAGUGCUCAGAAUCCUUGCUAGUGCAAUUGGAAGCUUGACACCCAUAAGGAGAAAAGCUAGAGAUGUGAAACCAGCUUUUAAUUACUAUGUAGAAUAUAUAUAGCCAUGUACAUAUUACAGCAUGACAAGCUCAAAUAACUAUGAGUCACCCUGACAGGAUGUUAAUUACGCUUAAAUUUAAUAACUAUUGGAAUGUCAUGGUCAUUAUAUUUUUAGCUUCAUGGUUUAUUUGAAAGUAAUAACUGAAACCUUACAGUUCACUUCAAUCAUUGGAAAAUACCUAAAAUUUUAAAAAGGACAAUAGAUGUGACUUAGUUUUUUUUCAUGUAUGUGUUGUUGGCUGAAUUUUUCCGGUGCUGGAGAGUAGAGAAAGCAACCGGCGUGGCUGAGGUGGAGCAAUGUUCCUAUCAGAUUAGAAAACUGUGCCAAAAACUCCAACCGAUGAGAAUUCAUAGGUGUCCCAGACUAUAGAUGAGCACUUAUAUGGUUCUCUUCUUUCCUGUUUACUGCAAAUUCUGCCUUAAGGCUUCUUUUCACUAGGACUCAGAAGCCACUAAUUAUAAAGGAAAGGGCAGUUAGUUGGCACAUUUUUCUGUCUUGAAAGCAGCUCUUUCAGAUAAGAAUUAAUGUAAAUCUGCUUUUGUAAAUUGUAACUUUAAAUUUCAUUGACUCAAAUUUACAGCAGCUUUGUAUACCAGAAGAGGUUUUGGUAAGAGUUGAACAUUUUUAAAUGACAACUUUAAAACAUCAUCAGCAGAUUGUGGAUUCUUUCGCACAUGUAACACAUGCACACACACACACAAACACACAUCAUACACACACACAUGCACAAAAAUCACAUAGCUAAAUUAGAAAACACAAUUUUCAAUUUUAUAUAAUUAAUGAAUAAAAUGUACUUUUCUUUUAAUAUUUAAAAAUAUCUGUUAUGCCCCUGAAAUAUGCUAAUCAAAGUCAACAAUUGUAUAUCAUGCCUAGAUUCAAAGUUUCUGGGAAAACUAAAAUACCUUUGAUUGACAUGUACGUUAGCAGUUAUUAGUUGACUUUUAAAAAUAAAUGCACCUUCACAAUGAUGUUUUUGUAGAAACAUAAGUAGUCAAAUAGUGGCAUUUCUUGCUAUUUUGUACAGUAUUUGAGUAUAGUGCAAAAUAGAUCUGUUCACAAAAUCAAUAAAAGGACUAUCUUAUGGAAAUAAGCAAAAUCUCAACAAAACUGCUUUUCCUUUGUCUCACUUAACUUUUUCAUUCUCUUUGUUUAGUGUGAUUCUACUGUGUGCUUUGCAUGGAUGUAUUGAUAUCAAGGUCACAACUGCAUCUUACUGCAGAAUUUGCUGUGAAGACAGCCUUUGACAAUAAAUCUUCCUCACCAAAAGUAAUCCUCAUAAAAUUUAAUAAAAUUGUUACAUGAGUGAA